CGCGACGCCAAGCUGGACAAAAGCCAGAUCGACGAGAUCGUCCUUGUGGGUGGCUCCACUCGCAUUCCCAAGGUGCAGAAGCUGCUGCAGGACUUCUUCAACGGCAAGGAGCUCAACAAGUCGAUCAACCCCGACGAGGCGGUGGCCUACGGAGCCGCCGUCCAGGCGGCCAUCCUCAGCGGCGACACCUCCUCCUCAGUGCUCAAGGACCUGCUCCUGUUGGACGUCACACCACUGUCGCUGGGCAUUGAAACCGCCGGCGGAGUGAUGACCACGCUGAUCAAGCGCAACACCACCGUGCCCACCCGCCAGACGCAGACCUUCACCACCUAUGCGGACAACCAGCCGGGCGUCAGCGUGCAGGUGUUUGAGGGCGAACGAGCCAUGACCAAGGACAACAACCGCCUGGGCAAGUUUGAGCUGAGCGGCAUUCCACCGGCACCUCGCGGCGUCCCCCAGAUUGAGGUCACCUUUGACAUUGACGCCAACGGCAUCCUCAACGUCUCCGCCCAGGACAAAAGCACCGGCAAGCAGAACAAGAUCACCAUCACCAACGACAAGGGCCGCCUCUCGAAGGACGAGAUCGAGCGCAUGGUCAACGACGCGGAGAAGUACAAGGCCGAGGAUGACCACCACCGAGAGCGCAUCGAGGCGCGCAACGCCCUCGAGGGCUACGCCUUCCAGCUGAAGCAGACCGUGGAGGAGGAGGCGGUCAAGGCGAAGCUGUCCGCGGAGGACAUCACCAAGGUCCAGCAGAAGGUGGGCGACACGCUGCGCUGGCUGGACAGCAACGCCCUCGCGGAGAAGGACGAGUUCGAGCACCAGCGAUCGGAGCUGGAGGCAGUCUGCAAGCCCAUCAUGGCCAAACUCUACCAGCAGCAGCAGUCCGGACCACAGCCCAACACCUUCUGUGGCCCGCAGGGCACUGGAAACACUAGUGGACCCACUGUGGAGGAGGUCGACUAA